GCUGCUAGCAGUAUUAAUGCCAAGCAACAGCAUUAAUAGUUAUGUAAUUACUUAGAAAGAAAAACUGGAACUGUAUGAGCUCACCCUUACCUGCACUGAGGCCAAGAACUGAAAGAGUGAUUCAAAUUCUUCAGAAAAGGAACAGUCCUAUUCUGAAACCCAAAGGUAGGAGGACCCGCCCACUUCCCCUGGAGGACUCGUUGCUAUAGGAACCCGCAGUAACCCUUCAGAGCCAGAACAGUCCGGGGGAGGGGGAUCCUCCCAGGGAUUGGGGGAUGGUUAAAAAAAAAGGGAACGAAGAAAGGGUAAAGAUGGGGGGGGGGGGUUGAGAGGUUAAAAGACAAUGAAACCCCUUGGGUAUGACAGGGUCAGAGAAGGAGGGCUGAGGAGCCCCAAAGGAAACUCAAAACAUCAGUUAGAACAAUGUCCUGGACGCUAUAGUCACAUUAUAGUUAAAGUUUAAGUUUGAACCAUUAGAGACACUUCCCUCCCUCCCCGGUGGCAAACAAACCACCCUCUGUCGAUUCCUGUGUUUGGAAAAUGAAGCUAGACUUUUAUCCCCUCCAUUACAAACUGAAUGCUACUUCGUAAAAUUGAAAUCUUGACUUUCUUAUAUUAAACCACCGGUUCCCAAACUAUGCUUGCACAUUGGAAUCACCUAGGGACCUUUAAAAUAUACGUUGUUUUAAAUGGUCUUGGGUGUGCUACUUGAGCAUAGUUUUAAAACUCUCCAGUGGUUCUCUUCUUCAGCCAAUUUUGGGAACUACUGUACUCCGUGAUUUGGUGAGGUGGUAAAGAGUAUUUUUAGAAGAGGGGAAAAAAAGAAAAAGAAAGCACAAUUAUCUCCCUUUGUCUUUUUAAGGCUAAUAAUAGAAUUACUGGCUUUCCCCAAGCACACACAGGACAAUAGGUUUCUUGAUAAAUAGGAAUCCCCAGAAUGCUCUAACAAUACUUUGUUUGAGAUAAAAAGACUAGGCAGCAUAAUCUUUUUUCUUCCCAAGACAGCAAACACCGUUCUUACCCAAACACCAAACUUAUACACCUAUUUUAAGAGCGAAUGGGCCAUGAAUGACGCUCACAACUUGGGAGUACGAGCUCCAGCACCAGAAGAAAAACAGACCCCCAGUAGCCCACCAUCAUUCGCUGGGGUUCUGCGGCGACCAGGGCUGGGCAAGGACGGGGUGUGGGUCUCUGAAGCCCCCAAUCCGGGCCCCGCUGGCAGCGCCUCAAUAAAGUUACUCAGGGAAGUUUGUUCGCGUUUCCAAGCAGGCGCUUCCCCGGGCCAGGGGCGCGGCCCCCGCCACCUGCUCGGCGCCAAAGCUCUCCGGCCGCGCCCCCUCCCUGGACCUCCGCCACCUCCGCGGGUCGCGCACACUGCGGGCGCCCGUGUGAUCGGCUGGUGCCCGGGUGGGCUCGCUUCGCCCCCCCAACCCCCGCGUCCCUCGGCUGCAGCUGGCCCAGCCCCUCGGGCCACAGCGCCAGGACCUCUUCUCGGGCCCGGCACCAUCCCGCCUGGAACCCCUCGGGAGGGCUUUCCGCGCGGCCAGCGUUUCCCGAGCGAAGGCGGGGUAUCCGGGCACCCCGCAUCCCGGAGCCCGACGCCGACCGGCGGACCCGUCCCAGCCCAGCCGCGCACGGCCCCUUCGGCCCGGGGCCGGGAGCGCGCCCCUGGCCAGGCGGUCCGGUGCUGCGCACGCGCGGAGGCGCCCGCCCGCUCACCCGCGGCGCCCUCACUCACCGUCCGCGCUCUUCGUCACAUCUGGCGUCGCCGCCGCCUGCGGUGCUUGCUGCUCGCCGCUCGCCACCCCGGCCCGGUGCCCACUCCUCAGGCCCCGGCCCGGGCACUCGGGGAUCCAGCGCCCGGCGGGCUUGGCGGGCACCCGCACGCAGGGCACGCUCCGCGGGGCCGCGCGCGCGCGCCCGGGAGCCGGGAGGGGGUGGGGCCAAGCUGGCCACGCGCCUGGAGGCAGCCCUGGAUAAAUAAGGGGCAUGCGCACUGCCUGUCCCUUCCUGGGGUCCUGUUUCUGGGAGACUGGUGACCCUGGACCAGUGAAAGGGAGAAGAGGCAAAGAAGGCCAGGAGACCUCCCCACUGUGAGGCGCAUUCGCCCUUGUCCCACAGACUGCAGAUAAGGCGAGUGCACUACACUCUUCGGCAGUUUGGGGAAGGAGAGUUGCUGCUGGAUCAGGGUGAUGAUAAAACUUCACUGAGAAGCCUGAAAGAAUAAGAGCUGGAGUCAGAAGUUCACCUGGAGAGAAAGGUGAAUGAAUACAAAGGAAUAAGUGGAAAAAAAUUAUAUAUGUGUGUAUACAUGUGUAUACAUAUAUGUGUAUACACAUAUAUAUACACGUGUAUAUGUACAUACACACACACACAUACACACCCUGCACACCCUGUUGGGGGUUAAAACCUGAGUAUAUCAUUCAUAGAGCCGAAACGAUGGGUGGAAGAGUAGUUGAAGCUCCUCUGGAAAUCAUUUUUAACGCUUAACCUCAAAAUUUUGCUUUUUUUCGUGAGUACUUAAAAAAUGUUAAGGAUGGGGGGAGAGGGGAGGCGGUGAGCUGAUUAACUUAAAUAUAUAAAGACUGGAGACCUACAAUGUAGCAUAUAUUCUGGUACGAAGUGGUAGUGUCCUAAAUUCUAGUGUUGGCACCAGGAAUGGAAAGCACGGAAAAGUUUUCAGAGAUUGUGAAGAACAAGAUUCCCUAGCUUUUGUCACUGCCUUUUCGGGCAUACGGAGCUGUUUAUAAUGACAGACACCUACUUCAUUCAAUUAGAUCAUCAUCUUUGGUAGGUAUUUAUUAGUGGAUAAAUUAGACCUCUAAGAUAUACAGCCACAGUUACUAAAUGUUUCUUUUAACAUGAGAUGAGUCCUGGAAAAACU